UUUGUUUUUUUAAUCUGGUAAUAUUUAUUAUGGAGGAGCAGACGGAAUAUCCACCGAGCGUGGAGGCAGACAAGAACCUUCUACCUUAUGAAACCUUCGACGAGUACUUGGACUCGCUGAUCGGUAUACCUGACCUGAGGAACCUGAGGAGCAUUGAGACAGCUCGGACUAUUGCUGCUCUUGGAUACCGAACAUGCGGUGAUACACUCGAGGAGCGGGAGUUCUACCGCCGACGCGCUGUGAUCCAUGCCAAGGAGUUUCCUGUCGUAAAGCCCUUCAGAGCUGUCAGCGCCGGCCUCGCCCACACAGACCCUCUCAACAAGGAGCUGGCUGAUAGGGAGAAGGCCAAUAGACUGGGGAUUCUUAAUUCAGUGAUCUUCGUCCGCAACACCACUCGCAGCGGUUUCGAGGUGUCGGGCUACAUCGACUUCGCCCACCGGCUCGCCACAGAGGACUGGGAGCCGUUCUUCACCACCACCAAGGUGCUGAGACCCCGCGAGACUGAUCUCGGAUACUAUUUCUGGAGACUGGGCGUUGUGAGGAGCAAUGUUACUAGAAAUUGGAAGCCACUGAUGGACGGGGAGCGCGGGCUGGUGUUCCAGAACCGGCACGACCACAAGCUGCUGUCCCCCGACCCGCAGGCGGACCCGGGGCAGGCCACCACCAGGGUCAGGGUGUUCUCGCCUCGGUAUCUCCAGGUGGAGAUAUACGAUCACGUGGUCAGGAGAAAGACGUAGUGAACGUAGAUGAUGAGGUGGACCUACGUAAUUUGGUCAGUUCUGGAUUUAUG